AUGUCGUGGAGAAACCAGGGAAUCACGGGUUCCAACAACAUCCCGUUGGGAAAGCGCCGUUUUGGCGGCGAGGAUGAGGAGUACCCCGAAGCUUCUCCCCCAAGCAAUGGCAACGGCAAUGGCGAGUUGAAGCGCGGUCGUAGCCCCGAGCCUCGUACCGAUGCCGAUGGCCCUCGUCGCAGAAAGAAGCGAAACCGUUGGGGCGACGCGUCGGAGAACAAGGCUGCGGGAUUGAUGGGCUUGACGACCGCCAUCACGGCCAACAUGACCGGCGAGCAGUUGGAGGCCUACACCCUCCAUCUCCGCAUCACAGAAAUCAGCCAGAAGCUCCGUAUUGACGACGUCGUCCCCGCGGAUGGAGACAGAUCCCCCUCUCCUCCUCCGCAGUACGACAACCAUGGUCGUCGAAUCAACACUCGCGAAUACCGCUACCGCAAGCGCCUCGAAGACGAGCGCCACAAGCUCAUCGAAAAGGCCAUGAAGACCAUCCCUAACUACCACCCGCCACAGGACUACCGCAGGCCCACCAAGACCCAGGAGAAGGUCUACGUGCCUGUUAACGAUUAUCCAGAGAUUAACUUCAUCGGCUUGCUUAUCGGACCUCGUGGCAACACUCUGAAGAAGAUGGAGGGAGAAUCCGGUGCCAAGAUCGCCAUUCGUGGCAAGGGCUCCGUCAAGGAGGGAAAGGGGCGGUCGGACGCAGCUCACGCCAGCAACCAGGAGGAAGACCUUCACUGCCUCAUCAUGGCGGAGACGGAAGAGAAGGUCAACAAGGCCAAGAAGCUCAUCCACAAUAUCAUUGAGACGGCUGCUUCCAUCCCCGAAGGCCAGAACGAGCUCAAGCGCAACCAGCUCCGUGAACUUGCUGCUCUCAACGGUACUCUCCGUGAUGACGAGAACCAGGCCUGUCAGAACUGUGGUCAGAUUGGCCAUCGCAAGUACGACUGUCCCGAGCGACAAAACUACACUGCCAGCAUCAUCUGCCGUGUCUGUGGCAACGCUGGACAUAUGGCCAGGGAUUGUCCCGACCGACAGAAGGGUGCCAGCUGGCGCAACGACGGUGCCGGCAGUGGCAGAGGUCCCGCUGGCCGCCUUGGAAGCGGAGACGCCGUCGACCGCGAGUACGAGCAACUUAUGCAAGAACUCGGUGGUGGUUCUUCCAGUGGCGCUGCCCCCGCACGCAUCGAAGCCGGUCCUGGUUCCUACAACAACGGUCCCGGCGGUAGCAGCGGUGGUGACGCGAAGCCCUGGCAGCGUGGCCCUACUGGUGGUCCGGCCCCCUGGCGCAGUCGUAACAACGACUCGCGCGAUGACCGUGACCGCGAUGGUGGCGGCGGCGGUGGUGGUGCCGCGCCCUGGGCUCGCGACCGCAACCGCCGUGAUGACCACGCUGGUGGUGACAGCUACUAUGGUGGUGGCGGCGGUGGCCAAGGCUAUGGUGGCCAGGCAGCUGCUCCCGCCGCUCCGGGUGCCGCUCCUUGGCAUCAACCUCCCGGAACCCAGAACGGCUACGCUGCCUACGGUGGCUACCCCGGAUACGGUGCUCCCCCGGCAUGGCCGCACCUCCCCCAAGCAUGCCCCCUCCUCCGCCCGGUGGUCCUGGUCUCGGAGCUCCUCCGGGCCUGGCUGGUGGUAUUAACGCACUCAUCCAGCAAUACGCCGGCGGCGCCCCCCGCCGCCUCCCUCGGACAACGCGCCUCCUCCUCCUCCUAG